AGAAAAUGAUGAUCUAAGAAUACUUUAUGAAUUUAUCUUGCUUCGAACACUUAGUUAAUUCCUUUCACAGAAUUGCUGAAUCAAAAACUGUUACAGAAUGAAGAUUCUCUUAGCCUUAUUUACAAUCUCCUUUUGUUUCAUUACAUUGAAUGCUGACAAAAAGAAGUCGCCGAAACCAACUAGUGAAGAUAUAACUGAAAAAAACGCAACCGCAUGUGAAAUAACUUUGAAUCAAACGGCAACUCUCAUUGAACCAGCUUUACUUGUUGGAUAUCAAGAAUGGCCAUCUACACUGGAAGAGAUUGAUAAACAUUGCGAUCUUGGAGCAAAGGUCUAUAAAAGCAUUAGACGCUAUGGUCGAUGUACAACUGGAUUAUCUCGUCAAUCACUGAACAUCUUUUUGCGUGGACUGAAAAAAUUCAUGCAAAACAUUUGUUCAUCCAACAAGAGGAAACAAGACACGGCUGAUAUAUUGAAAUGUGCCUCCAAUGGAACCAACGCAGGCUGGAGUAAAUGCCUGAAAGAAACUAAUUCACGACUUGAUAUUACCUCGACAAAUGCCAGUGACCCGGCCAUGGUUGGUAAUAUUUGCUGUGCUUAUUCCUCGUUAGUUAAUUGUAUCAACACCAAUACCGGUACAAAAUCUGAAUGUGAUAAAAGCAAAGAUACAACGUUUUUCCUCCAAUCAUCCAUGGCACUGGUUAUAAAAGAUUUAACAGACUUGCUGUGUACCAAUUAUGAAUCUAAGGAAUCCUGUGAGAUUCAUGAUUCACAAAGAUCUGACAUUUUACAAUCAAUUGCCGAAGGUAAACAUGUUUUUAAAGGAGCUUUCUUAAUGACACCUUUAAUAAAAGCAGCAAGUCAACUGGGUAAAAUCCAUGCUGAUGAUAUUUGAUAGUUUU